ACUAUUAACCACUCUGACCCAUCUAGUACUUUUAAUCAAAAUAAAAAAGUCGAUUUGAGGAAAAUGAGUAAUAUAUAUAUACAAGAGCCUCCAACAGCAGGAAAAGUUCUCUUAAAGACAACAGUGGGUGACAUUGAUAUUGAACUAUGGUCUCGUGAAUGUCCUAAGACAUGUCGAAAUUUCAUUCAAUUAUGCAUGGAAGGUUAUUACAACGAUACUAUAUUUCAUCGUGUGGUCAAAGGUUUUAUUGUACAAGGUGGAGAUCCUAAUGGUGAUGGUACUGGUGGUGAAUCUAUCUACGGUCAUCCAUUUAAAGAUGAAUUCCACUCAAGACUGCGUUAUGUUAGGCGUGGUUUGGUUGGAAUGGCAAACUCAGACAAAGAUGAUAAUAGCUCACAAUUUUUCUUCACUAUGGCACCAACUCCAGAACUACAAAGCAAAAACACUUUAUUUGGCAAAGUUACUGGUGAUACAAUAUUUAACAUGCUUAAGCUAGAAGAAGCUCUGACGGAUCAUAAUGAAAGGCCUAUGUAUGCUCAUAAAAUAUUAAAAACUGAAAUCCUUAAAAAUCCAUUUUGCGAUAUCGAACCGAGAAAAUUUCAAAAAGCGAAUAAUAAAGAGAAAAGAAAAGUCGAAAAGGAGAAAGGAAUCAAGAAUUUUGGUUUAUUAUCAUUUGGAGAGGAAGCCGAAGAGGAUGAGGAAAAAACCAAUCAAUUUAUGCAGAAAAAUGCCGGUAAAGCCAAAUCCUUGCAUGACGCAGUUGACGAUCCUAACCUUAGCAAAGAACCAGUCAGAGUAAUUUCAAAUGCAGAAGAAAAUGAAGCCGAUUAUGAUCACAACGAAAGCUUCGUUAAACAGUCAAAUGAGCUUGAAGUUCAGCAAAGAAAGCACCGUAUACAGGAGAAACUCAAGUCCAAAAUUACAAAAAACAAAUCCGAUAGCAUUGUUAAAAAAAAUAACUCAGAUUCGGAAAACGACUCCCUAUUAACUUGUGAAGAGCACGUGAAAAUGCAAAACACUAAAAAAAAAGAAGAAAUUCGUCAAGAGAUUCUCUCACUUAAAAAACAGUAUCAAAUUGAAAAAAAGGUUAAAGAUGGAAUUUUAGAGAAAAAAUUGACUGAAGAAGUGAAAGCAAGAAAUUUUAAGAAAGAAGUUGAAGAUAAUGAGUUAAUUAAGAAUUUCAUAAAAGAAAAGGAAAAAUAUGAAAUUAUAAAAUCCAACAUGCCGCUCAAAGGCGUUGGCCGAGAAGAUUUCACUUUGAAUUUACUAACAAAAUUUCGUUCAAAAUUACACUCACUCAAGCAACAAUUCCCUGAAGAGGACAUUAAGCUUGACAAAGUUGAUGAAUCAGCGAUGGAAAAAGAAAUUCAAGGCGAUGAUUGGCUAAAACAUAUGCUGAAGUUUCAAGAUGACGCACCGGUUUUAGCCAAAGAUGCCUCUACUAAAGCAGACGACUGGUACGAUGCUUACGAUCCCAGAAAUCCUUUAAAUAAGAGAAAGCGCAAAGAAGUCCAUAGUAAACAUGAUGAUAAGUACAAGUCAGGAAAAAGAAGAUGUUAGGGAUUUUGCAAGAUUGUGUAUUAAUUUUUAGAACUACACAUAAAAAAGACUCAUGUAUGGUCUAAUGAAAUAGUUUUUUUUUUUUGAAUUAAAAUACAAAAAU